AGAGCUCGGGCCGUGUUGAUGUCACCCUUUGGGCCGUGCUGAUGAGCGCUGGAUCACUGCGAGGUGAUCAUAGCGGGUCACCUCGUGGCUGGGACCUCCUGUAAGGCACCGGGCCAGCGCGCGAGUUCCUCCCACUCUUUUCCACUGAGCCACAAGGCUGCAGUGUGCUCACACUGACCAGCAGCCUCGCCCGGGUUACACAGGCAGCACGCGUGUUCCUCUCAAGGAAUGGCGACAUUCAAUGAGAACUUCAACAGUCACUUGGAGUUUUGGAUUGGUCCCAAAGAUCCGCGGGUGCGAGGAUGGCUGCUGCUAGACAACUACCUCCCGACCUUUGCCCUCACAGUGCUGUACCUCCUCAUCGUGUGGGUGGGUCCAAAGUACAUGAAGAACAGACCGCCAUUCUCCUGCAGGGGCCUUCUUCUGAUCUACAAUGUGGGCUUGACUCUGCUGUCCCUCUAUAUGUUCUGGGAGCUUGCCUCUGCAGCGUGGCAUGGCAGCUACAAUCUCUACUGCCAGAAUACCCACAGUGCACCAGAGGCUGACAUUAAAGUGAUGAAAGCCCUUUGGUGGUACUACUUUUCCAAGCUCAUUGAAUUCAUGGACACCUUUUUUUUUAUUCUACGAAAGAACAACCAUCAGAUUACAUUUCUCCACAUCUACCAUCACGCCACUAUGUUCAACAUCUGGUGGUUUGUUGUGAACUGGAUCCCGUGUGGCCACUCCUUCUUCGGAGCCACCAUCAACAGCUUUGUCCAUAUUGUGAUGUACCUGUACUACGGCCUGUCGUCAAUACCAGCCAUGCGUCCAUAUCUCUGGUGGAAGAAAUACCUCACGCAACUGCAGCUUGUCCAGUUCUUACUCACUGUGGUCCAGUCCUCAUCUGCAGUCAUCUGGCCCUGUGGGUUCCCCAUAAGAUGGACCUGCUUUCAAAUCAGCUAUAUGUUUACACUCAUUAUACUUUUCACCAACUUUUACUUCCAGGCAUACAAAAAACGUAUAGUUUCCUCAAAGGAGCACCAAAACGGCUCUAGUGCUACAACAGGACAUGCAAAUGGGACUGAGAACUACGCUCACAAGAAACUCAGGGUAGAUUGAUGUUUUAGGAAGUUUUGCUAUGUAUGAAGUAUUGCUAUAAAAUGUAUGUUUUCUAUUUUUGCUAAUUUAAGUCAAUAGCUAUAGCCAAAAAUAUUUACAGCACUUUGCACAAAGCCUCAAUGCUAUGCUUAUACACCAUAAUUUACCUCUAAGGUAGGAUUCAUUGCCAGGAUAGGUGAAUAUGUAAAAAGGGCAAAAGAUUAGACCAACUGGUGUGUUGGCAGGUUUUGUUUAUGCCGUACAUAAUAAUGUAUCCAGGAAGAAAGGGUGGGCCCGAUGAUGGACUUUAUCUUCCUCCUCUCUGCACUGUUGCAUAAUGCUUAAAUUGGCAGUGUUGAAAUAUGAUGCAAUAAUAUACAACAUAUCCAGUGAGAAUGCAACUUUGAAACUGCUCACGCUAAACAAUAUGCUAACAGGUUCUAAUGAUCAACAUAAACUGCAGCUGUUCUUUUAAUUAGUUAAUGUAUAGUAGACUUUAGAUAUGCACCUAGUAAUAAUAUUAGGUAAUAACUUAAGUCAAGAACAUCACUUAAUGUUUGCUGUUAUAGGCCUACAAUAAUUGCAUAUAUCUAUUGCACAUUGUAUUUUUGCUUCAACACAAUCAGGGAUAAUUAUGGACAUUUGGACAUUGCACUUAGUUUGGUGAGCAAAAUGGAAGAAUAAGUUGGAUUUCCUUAGUCAUUGUUAUAGCAGACAUUUGCAUUGGGGUUCUCAUUAUUAAAAAUAAAAUGUUCUAUAUAGAAUUACUGGAAAGUACUGUUUGUAUUUUUCAAACAAAGCCAUAGUUACCAUUUACAAUAUAAAUCAUAUUUAUUUAUUGCUUUUGGCUUUUCAGGUCCCUCUAUAUAGACACAUUGAAACAACAGUAAUGAGACGUAGUAUAUCAUGUAUUUUACCUUGUAAGAUGAAACAGCAAAAUAAAAAAAACUAUAUUUUCUGAAAUUAACUGCAGCCUGAUUGUGCUUUUUCACUAAUAAAAACAAUAUAUUUCCCAUGCAGAUUAUUAGCAGUUUUGUGUAAAUUGAUAGACUGAAGAAGGCUAGAUCUGUUCACCACUGUUUAUUAGAUGUAUGCACCAUUAAACAUUCAUUAAUAAGAUUCAAGAAGUGCUAAUUAUUUUAGCUUUGAUUAUGUAAUCUUUUCUGAAAUCAGAAAAAUAGGUUGUUUCUAUAACAUAAAUCUGAACGUAUAACCUUCCAGUGUAUUCCACACUGCAGUACUGAGAAGAACACAAGUGGUGAAUGAACUUUAAUGUAAUCAUUGGUGAAAGCAUGAGCUUAGAGUGGCUGGUUUGAGAAAACUGUGUAACUCUUCACUCGAG